UGGAAUGUUUUGGGGGCUGUCAAUGAAGAGAGGCGCCGCCGCUGCUGCUGGCCGGUGCCGGGGCAGGUCAGCCUGAGGGCGCUCUCCAGGAUACUCCUCCGCAGCAGGGCAGAGCUUCCAUCGCGGCUUUAUCCUGACUGCGGCUUGCGUGGCCAGGGUUUGCCAGCCCCGCAGAGCAGCCCGAAGAAGGGACGGGGUUUCGCCGGGUCCCCCAGCAGCCGCCUGAGGUGCCGGGGCACAGGGAUCCGUAACCCCCCGCCCCAAGCAGCUAGGACGGGAAGCGGCCUGAGGAGGCAGCAGCUGGGGUGAUGAUGAACAGGUUCAGAAAGUGGCUCUACAAGCCCAAGAGGACUGACCCGCAGCUCCUUGCCCAGUUCUACUAUGCAGAUGAAGAACUAAAUCAAGUAGCAGCUGAACUAGACUGUUUGGAUGGAAGAAAAGACCCACAAAGAUGCACUUUGCUAGUCAACCAAUUCCGUUCUUGUCAGGAUAAUGUUUUAAACAUCGUAAAUCAAAUCAUGGAUGAAUGCAUUCCACAUGAACGGGCCAGCCGGGACUUCUGUGUUAAAUUUCCAGAAGAAAUACGCCAUGACAACCUUGCAGGGCAGCUUUGGUUUGGAGCAGAGUGCUUGGCUGCUGGUUCCAUUAUUAUGAAUCGUGAAAUUGAGAGCAUGGCUAUGAGACCACUGGCCAAGGAUCUGACCCGCAGCCUGGAGGAAGUUAGGAACAUUAUUCGGGACCAGGCCUUAAGGGAUUUGAAUCUUUACACAGAAAAAAUGAAAGAGUCGCUUCAACAUUUUGAUGUCCUUUUUGCUGAAUUUGAGUUAAGUUAUGUAUCAGCCAUGGUACCUGUAAAGUCUCCAAAAGAGUAUUAUGUACAGCAAGAGGUAAUCGUGCUUUUUUGUGAAACAGUAGAGAGAGCUUUAAAGCUUGGAUACCUCACUCAAGAUAUGAUUGAUGACUAUGAACCAGCAUUAAUGUUUACCAUCCCAAGAUUAGCCAUUGUGUGUGGGCUUGUAGUUUAUUCUGAAGGACCAUUGAACUUGGACCGCAAGCCAGAAGAUAUGUCUGAGCUUUUCAGACCCUUCCACACUUUGCUAAGGAAAAUAAGGGAUCUGCUUCAGACCUUAACUGAUGAUGAGCUGCACACACUGGAAUGUAACCUCUGCAUAUCUCAGGAUGUGGAUUUUCCUGUCAGAACAGAUCCUGAAGUGCCCACUGUCAGUACAACUGCCUUAGCUGCAACUUUGCCUGCUGAGGAGCUUUCAGCAAAAGCUGAAAACACAGAGGCUGAGCUAGCCUGCUCUAUGCAGUAUGAUGCACAGGAAUUGGAACAGCUGAAUAGGAUGGUCCACAGGGUUGGAGAUGAAAUGUCUUCCCUGCUUUCCCCACCAAGUGUCAGCCAGUCUCCAGCACACAGACCUGGCAUAAGAAAUGGCUCCAGCACAGAGGCCUCACCUAACAGGCAACAUCUUGACAACUUAAUUGACGAAGAGGAGAGAGUGUUUUUUAUGGAUGAUCUGGAUGGAGCAGGAGAAGCUCUUGCUGGGUUGGAUUCAGCCAAUGACACAUUUGCAUGGGUGAAUAACCCUUGCCACAAUUCAAAGCAGAGUGUGCAGCACAGGGAACCUCUAGUGUAUGACAAUGGUCAUCAAACAGAAGAGACUUUACUUUUAAGAGAGAUAGAAAGCGAUUUAAGCAAUAAUAACAAUAUUGAAGAUGGCAAACUGAUGACUUGUAUCUCAAUUCAAAAUUCGUGCAGUUGUUUAGAAGGUCCCGAUUCACAGUUAUACCUCAGUGGCUGGGAUACAUAUGCUGAUGCAGAGACAGCAGAAAUGAUAGCCCAUAGGACAGGUGGAAUGAAGAUAUCUGCUACUGUAAUAUUUAAUCCCAAAUCUCCCGCUACUUCAGAAUCCCCAGUAACAACACCAGAAGUAGCUAUCAGUUGUGUUCCUGGGUCUUCUGAUUCUUUAGCUGAUGAAGAGGAGAGUGAAUCCCAUAAACUCAGCAUAGCUGCCACAAAUUGUCUCAUUAAUUCCUGUGUGUGUUGUGGCAGCCGUGAAGACAGUAGGGAGGAUAAUAUUGUUGGUUUAAAGACCAGACAUUCCCCAGGAAAAGUUAUAAAUGCUUCUUAUAGUUUAGUAAAAUCUAAAGAAAAAGAUCAUAUAGAUAAACUGGAUAGUGCAGUCUCUGCACAGGAGGCAUUAAAAACUGAAACGUCUCCUGCUUUGCUAGCAGAAAGAGAUUCUGGCAGAGAAGAACAGAAACUGUCUAACUCCUCUAAGUGCCUGGCACAUUCCUCGGGUUCACAGCUGGGAGCAGAAAAUGGAUCACAAGUAGAGGUGGAAAUCUCAAAUCAGCAAAAGAAAUGGGAGAAAAGAAGGCAGUCAAGUCAGAAGCAAUCAGAGAACAAUGAAGAAAGUAGUAGUGAAAGAAUGGCAAAGGAUGACAUUAAAUCAAGAGCUAGUUCAAGAAGUUUAAUGAGCAGAAUGAUUUUCCCCAAGUAGAACCGAUGAUACAUUCUGGGCAAAUUGCCUAUGCAAAGCAUAUUUCCGUGCUGUCCCUAAUUACUGACUGCAACCCUACAUUAAGAUUUUUAAUUUAACCUUCCCCAGCCUGGCACUCAAAUUGUUCCACUUCUUGUUGCUGUAAUUUCUUAGCCUUACAACUGUGCAGUUAUGAAUUUUUAAAGCUCCAUUCCCCAAUAUAUUGUUCAGAACUCUUCAGAAAAAGAUGAACAGUUGUUUCACCUACAAAGCUAGCUUUCUAUUUUGGUGUUUUUUUUCUUACAUGUAAUUCGUUACAACAUUUAGUCAUAUGUAAACUGUGAAGUAAAUGGAGGUUUUCAGUAAAACAGCCUUAGUCUUUUAUUUAAUUGUUGGCUUUUGACAAAAAUGUGAAUAUGCUAUAGUCAUUUGUACCUGUAUAAAUGAAUAGAAAUCAGGGAUUCUGAUAAAUUUGGUUUUAAAAUGUAACUUCUACUGGCUGUUGCAUUUAAGGAAAUUGUUCCUUGUGUUCAUAUGAUAGCAAGAUGCCUUUCCCAUGAAUGAAAUGUAGCUGUGUGUUGAUAAACUGUAUUUAAAUGAAAACUUGUCUCUAUAGCCAGUUUGUAAUGAUUCUAAUCCUUAACCCAGCCAACUAAGAGCAGGGAAACUGUCUCCUGUCAAUAUAGUUAUUAGGGAAAGAGUGGUUGAUUGGGAAAAUAAUCUCUACUGUCCACAUGGGUGAGCUUUUCUUUAGUGAUUCCCUAGCCUUCUGUUGAACGCCCCAUUGAAAUUUUUCUGUUCCUCUUACAAUCAUUUGUUUGUAUUAUAGAAUCCUGCAUCUAUAUGGUAGGUCAAGUUCAGACUUUAGGCUUGUCUCCACCUACCAGGGGAUCGAUGCAUAGUGAUCAAUCCAUCGGGGGUCGAUUUAGCGGAUCUCAUGAAGACCCACUAAAUCGACCAUUGAUUGCUCUCUCGUUGACUCCGGUACUCCACCGGAAUGAGAGGCAUAAGGUAAGUUGACAGGAAACCCAGCUCAAUGUAGACACCACAGUAAGAUGACCUAAGGUACGUUGACUCGAGCUCCAUUAUUCACAGAGCUGGAGUUGCGUAACUUAGGUCGCUGUAGCCCCGUAGUGUAGACCUGCCGUUUUCAUAAGUAAGUACAACCAAGACUGAAUUUGGCCCUGAGUCUUUUCUGCAAGAUGUUUCACAGCACUAAGUUCAAAUUAGAUAUUACAAUGUUUGACUUCACACAUUGAACAUCAUGAUCAGUAACUAAGAAUGUUACUGCAAUUAUAAUCCAACCUUGGGAUGAAAUGAAAAUGUCAGUAUAUUGUACCAGCAAGCCAUUUAUCAGCAAAAGCAACCUCUACUAAAUCUCAGUUUUCACUAUAAUAAAAAAAAAAUCUGGUUAAAAAAAAGCCUAAGCUUUAAAAGCCAUUCAUCUGAUUAAGUUUAAUAUAGUUAACACAAGAGAUUUGAAAGAGUUAGCUUGUUGACGAUGUAUACUUAGAAUGUAAAUAUAGCUGAUAUUUCAUAGAUAAUGAAAUAAUAAGAAAUUAUUAAAUGAAACCUAAGAUACUGGAUGCACAUCCCAAGGAAUGGAGUGGAAACUGGCCAAAAAUUGUUAAAACUAAUGAAAACAAGCAUCAAAUACACAAUUGUUUUGUUGCAGAAAAUGGCCAGACCCUCAAAAAUUGUUCACAGGUUCAAAUCUGCAUCUGAACCAAUACUGUUAACAUGUCUACUUGUAUCACAUCAUAGGAAAGCACUAAUUAGGGUGACUUCACCAUUGUCCGACC